UGCAACACACGGUCACACUGUUCGGAAUGUUUAUUUUUAGCGUCAAAAAACCCAGAAGUUCUAAAAUUCUUUUAUAAUGAGGGGAAUGAUCAUUGUUCCCAUGGACAUAGAUCCUGGCUUCCGCAAGGCAACCAUCCACAACUUGCCCACGCUAAACAGCGGAGUGGUGUAUAACUUUUGCCUGGCAGCAGCAUCCGAAAAGCCACAAAAUAUAUCGACGGAUAACAAUGAUCUCCUAACAGACUAUGUGCAAUUGCGACAGCAGGGCAGCAUCUGCGAACUGAAGGCCAUGGUGUUCUCCGCAUCCGAGUUUGCCAAUACGGACACACAUGCCAAUGUGGCCAUCAAAGUACUCGAAAACCCGCGGGCAAUUGCCGAGAGCCAAUGCAGUCGGUGCCCCGAUUCUGAAGUAUGCCCACACAUCGUGGCCUUUACAUUUUGGCUACUGCAGAAGAGCACGCACCGAAAACCCUCGGCUGUGGUGGAAUUUUGGGGGCAUGAACUGGAAUUGCUGGUGCAGCCGGAGCCCACACGGGCCAUUCCCAUAUGUGAUAUGAUUGCCAAAGAUGAAGUGCGCCUGCAGAGUGACUUGAACUCCCAAAAAAUGAACGACAGUGAUGGGCAGGCCUUCCUCUCGGCUGUGCUGGAGGAAAUAGCCAUUUGUGGACGGGGAUCGGCUCUGUACAGACAAUGCGCUGAGACCAGCGAUGAGUUUGAGACUCUUUUCGUGCAUCAUGUGCUUCUGAGGUCAAACGAGUACAACAUACACGAUGUCCAGGGCUUUGCCCAGCACAUGGAGCAACAGGCGCAGAUCGGUCUCCCCGAGAGCCUCAAUGAUGUUAGCAGGAACCAGUACAAGUCGAGACUGUGGGUGGAAACGCAGUACAUGCGCAUUCGCUGCUCCAUGAUAAACCUGGUGGCCAAGCGGAAAACGGCCGAGGACGAUGAGCUGAUAUUCAACAUGAUGUUCUGCAAGGGACGCGACAAGAACACCGAAGCCCGUAUGCAGCUGAAGCAGCACAAGCGAUUCAUUUUGAAGCAGACGGAAAAACUGGAGAACAAGGAGUACAUCGAAUGCGGACUGCUGCUGCACGAGAACUAUCCGUUUCUGUGCGCCACCCCAGAUGGCAUCACAGACGAUCACAUUGUCGAGAUCAAAGCGCCAAAAACUGAGGAGGACUUCGAGAGGUAUCUGGAGGCUGGCGAGUCGAUAGCACCCAAAUACAUGGCCCAAAUACAGAUACAAAUGUUUGUGGCGAAUGUCAGCAAGGCGCUCUACUGCGUCCUCAGUCCCAUCUUCGAGACGAACGGAGCUCUGCACUAUGUCUGGGUGCAGGCAGAUCCGGAAUUUGUGGCCAGUCUGGUCACAAUGGCCGAGGACUUUUGGAGGGACAUUGUCUUUCCGCGCCUGCUCAAUACCUAUCCGCAGAUAACCUACUCCCAAAUUAGUUGAUCCAAGAGUAAGAGCUGGCUUCUGAUCCCACCCGACUAGUCAAUAAAUGAAAUAUGAAUAAUCUUAC